CGAUAUUUAGUUGGGCACACGGCACAGUACUUCCAUCAUGGCAGGCAGGAAGUUAGUGCUAGAAGGAAGAGUAAGUAUAAAAGCGUUUCUUUUAGGGCUCAGCGUGCUUGUAAUCCCAUUGAUCAGGACGUGUUACGGACAUGUUGACUGGGUCUUUGACUAUCUGACGGAAACUCCCGGGAAGAUAGUGAUUUGCAUCCACGUUGCGGUUAUCAACGGCCUCUUGCUGGUCGCUUACAGAGGACCGCUGUACAAGGUCGCAGUGAGAGCCUGCUUCCUGGGAGUGAUCUUCGGCUGUGGACUGAUAAUCAGCUGCUCUGAGACAACGUGGACACACUUCGGCUGGUACCUGUGCUCCUUGUCCUUCUUCCAUUACUCCGAGUACCUGGUGACAGCCAUCAUCAACCCCCACAGCCUCACCCUGGACUCCUUCCUGCUCAACCACAGUGUGGAGUACAGCCUGGCUGCCGUAUCAUCAUGGGUGGAGUUCACAGUGGAGAAGCUCACCUUUCCAGAGCUGAAGCAGCUGAACUGGCUGAGCGUUGUGGGUCUGCUGCUGGUGCUGUGUGGGGAGGCUCUGCGUAAGGCAGCCAUGUUGACGGCCGGCUCCAACUUCAACCACAUUGUGCAGAAUGAGAAGGCCCAGAGCCACGUGCUGGUUACCAGCGGGGUCUAUGCAUACUUCAGACACCCCUCCUAUGUGGGCUGGUUCUACUGGAGCACAGGCACGCAGGUCAUGCUGUGUAACCCGGUGUGUAUACUGGGCUACACGAUAGCCAGCUGGCGGUUCUUCCGGGAGCGCAUCGAGGAGGAGGAGCUCUCCCUCAUCCACUUCUUCACCGAGGAUUACGUGGAGUACAAGAAGAGGGUUCCCACCGGGCUGCCCUUCAUCUCAGGCAUCCGCGUCAACUAGUCCCAGCAGCUGGAUGCUGGAUGUAGACUUAAGCAUCAGGGCAGGUCAGACCUGGGGGGUGCUGCUCUACCAUGGCUUCGCCCUCCAGACGGCCCUGCAGCUCACAGCCUGAGUGACAGCAGGGGGGGGCAGGCAGCUGGGCUGCAGUUUUCUACCAACUUUUAAAAUCCAGUUAAAGACCAGACAACCUCCACUGUACUACAUGUUUUACUCUGUUUCUGUUUGCAUGCUUCCACCAUGCUUAGUGCUCUCACUGAUGAAGACUGAUUCUGCACUGGCCUCUGUGCCAUCACAUAUCAUCACACAGGGAGAAAUGACCAAAUAUUUAAGAAGUCCCCACCACUGUCCUUUAGUCAACAUUUCACUGUCUCUAUUCACUGUUUGCAUUGUUAACGUAUAAAGAUUAAAGAAUAGAUAUCGUCAGUCAGUGACGCCCUUCAGAAGAGCUCUUCACAGAUCCACUCCACGUCUAGUAUCUGGAGCCAUCCCUGAGGGCGGGUCACAGUGACGUUUUAGAGGUGUCAGGUCUACUAGGGCUCUCGGACUCCACAGCAGGUUUAAGCUACAUAUUUCCAGUAGUGUCCCUAAUAAUAUGUACUUUUUAAGGGUGGAUAAGCCUCUCGUACAGAAUAGAUGUUCCACUGAAACCUGAGAUGUUAGAGUUCUUCAGAGUCAGUAGCUCUUUAUCACCAGUGCAUCCAAAUAGCAGUAAAGGGACAAUAGGUGACAUUAGAUUUUGUAUUUAAGAAUAUAUCUUCAAAAGCAUUAUUUAACAAUGAUUAAAUUAAGAAAAUGUGGAACAGUAUAUGUUUCUCUCUGGUUUUUGGGACCUACAUAUGAUUUGUGUGGAAGGGGCGAGGGGGGGGUGGGGCUUAGGGGUCCUCUCAGGCUCCCCCCAUAAUGCCCACCACUGGAGGAAUAUUGGGUACCCACCACAGUGGUCCCAUUGGACACACACACAUAAUGCUGUCUAUACACACACAUUCAGUUAAGGAUACAUGUGUGUAAGCACAUGUGUUUAGGGGUGAUGAGUGUGUAAAGUGACACACCUGUAGCACAUGUGUGGAGGCUGGCGUAAUGAUAGGGCUGCACAACACUUUAUCAUGGGCCUGUAUUAAAGACAUUGUACCUGACUGAAA